CGUCCCGGCGGCGGCACCGAGUCACUUUGGUCGCAGCGGGAGGGAUGCCCUCCUGCCCUGUCGCGGGGCAGCUCUGCUUGACGGGGCAGGAUGAUCACGUGAGAGGCUGUGUCCUCCGCUCUGGGCGCCCGCCGGCCUACCCCGGGGCAGGACUCACCCGGCCCCCGCCUUCCCCUCCUCUUUCAGCGGGGACACCGGGCCAUUCGGCCCGAUCCUUGACUACCCCUUCUCCGGCCUUCUCUGCCUUUACCCUGGUUUAACACCGUGAUGGAGGAGCUGGGCCCAGAGGGACGGAACUGGAGCGGAGCUGUUCACACUCGGAGUUGCCUAAACUUUGGACGUCCCCGGGAACCUUUUGCAAUCUCCUGGCUCUCGCCCUCUCUGAGCUUGGGUUAAGCUGGAUGUGCUACAAAGUCGGGGAACUUGAGCUGAAGACUUUAAGUGAUAAGUCAAGAGAAGCAAAAGUGAAAGGCAAACCCAGGACUGCUCCACGCUUACCGAAGUACUCUGCUGGACUGCAGUUACUUAGCAGGUAUGAGGAUGCGUGGGCUGCACUUCACAGAAGAGCCAAGGAGUGUGCAGAUGCUGGCGAGCUGGUGGACAGCGAGGUGGUCAUGCUGUCUGCCCACUGGGAGAAGAAGAGGACCGGCCUGAGCGAGCUGCAGGAGCAGCUGCAGCAGCUGCCGGCUCUCCUGCAGGACUUGGAGUCUCUGAUGGCAAGCCUGGCUCAUUUAGAGACAAGUUUUGAAGAGGUAGAAAGCCACUUGCUGCACCUGGAGGACCUGUGUGGGCAGUGUGAGUUAGAAAGACACAAGCAGGCCCAGGCCCAACACCUGGAGAGCUACAAGAACAGUAAGAGGAAGGAGCUUGAAGCCUUCAAAGCUGAACUCGAUACAGAGCACACACAGAAGGCCCUGGAGAUGGAGCACACCCAGCAACUGAAGCUGAAGGAGCGGCAGAAGUUCUUCGAGGAAGCCUUCCAGCAGGACAUGGAACAGUACCUGUCCACAGGCUACCUGCACAUCGCAGAGAGGCGAGAGCCCAUGGGCAGCAUGUCAUCCAUGGAAGUGAAUGUGGACGUGCUGGAGCAGAUGGACCUGAUGGACAUCUCGGACCAGGAGGCUCUCGAUGUCUUCCUGAACUCCGGUGGAGAGGACAACAUUGUGAUGUCCCCUGGUGUGGAGAUGGAAUCCAACCCCAGCCAGAAUGAAAUGAGUCCCUCAGAAUCAGCAUCCCAGCCACCUGCCUCACCCUCUGCCUGCACUGACCUGGACACUGCUGAUGCCCCCCUCAUCCAGUCUGAUGAGGAGGAGGUACACGUGGACACGGCCUUGGUCACAUUACAUACUGACAGAAAGUCUACCCCAGGUGUCAGUGAUGACAGUGACCAGUGUGACUCAACUCAGGACAUUUAAGUGACUUGUCAGCUGUGCGCAGAAUCCUCCUGCAAAGCCAGGUGCUUAGAGGUUUUCAAUUUUACACAAUUGCUAAUGGGAUGUAAGAACCAUUAGAGAAGCGCUCACAAUAAAGCUUAUGGAAUAAA